AUGUACAGCUGUGGCUCUUUUGGAUCUCUGGGAUGUUACCUGCUUCCAAACCAUGGUCUGACAGGAAGGAAGAUUUUGGUGUUUCUGGGCCAAAUGAGGAGGAUCUCCCCUUUUUUGUGUCUCAAGGACAGAAGAGACUUCAGAUUUCCCCAGGAGAUGGUGGAUGGCAGCCAGCUGCAGAAGGCCCAGGCCGUGUCUGUCCUCCGUGAGAUGCUGCAGGGGAUCUUCAGCCACUUCCACACAGAGCGCUUCUCUGCUGCCUGGAAUAUGACCCUCCUGGACCAACACUACACUGGACUUCAUCAGCAGCUGGAACACCUGGAGACCUGCUUGGUGCAGGUAAUGGGAGAGGGAGAAUCUGCUGGGGUGUUUGGGAGCCCUACACUGGCAUUGAGGAUGUACUUCCAGGGAACCCGUCUCUACCUGAAAGAGAAGAAACACAGUGACUGUGCCUGGGAAGCUGUCAGAGUGGAAAUCAUGAGAUCCUUCUCUUUAUCAACAAACUCUCAAGAAAGAUUCAGAAGUAAGGUUGGAAACAUGGAGUCAUCUUGAAAUAAUUCUCAUGGACUAAUCUGCCAUGUCACUUGCAAGUGUGAUCUUGGAUGCUUUAAUAGACUCAUUUCUGCUUUAGUUACUGAAUUGGUUGAGUUAAAUUCAGCAAAUACUUCAUCAGUAUAUUAAGCAAGUAUAAGUUCAAAAUAUUCAGCUCCAGUAGCAUCGGCCCCUAAUAAAUGACUGCCCUGGUGUUAUUUAUUUCCAUAGUUUUGCAUAUAUUGUGUUUAUAACAUUUAGAUAUUUUACAUAUAAUAUGUUCAUCUUCACAUUAUAUUAAAAUUUACAAGAUAUGUUCACUGUUUAAUGUUAUUAAAUUUGCAGUUUUUGACUUAUUAAA